CCAACAGACAACAACACUUGCAUCUUCCUCUUUUCAAGUUUCAACCACCAAAGAAAUCCUCCAUCAAUGGCUGCCGCUGCUAGCUCCACCACCGUGGUCCAAGCCACACCCUUCUUGGGUCAAACUAGACCAUCUAGCCUCAACCCCUUAAGAGAUAUGGUCUCUAUGCCUAGUGCCAAAUACACCAUGGGAAAUGACUUGUGGUAUGGACCUGACCGUGUGAAGUACUUGGGACCCUUCUCGGCUCAGACCCCAUCUUACUUGACGGGUGAAUUCCCGGGUGACUAUGGUUGGGACACAGCAGGUUUGUCAGCUGAUCCCGAGGCUUUUGCCAAGAAUCGGGCUCUUGAGGUCAUCCAUGGACGAUGGGCCAUGCUUGGUGCCCUGGGGUGCAUCACACCCGAGGUGCUUGAAAAGUGGGUGAAAGUGGAUUUCAAGGAGCCAGUUUGGUUCAAGGCCGGCGCCCAGAUUUUCUCUGAAGGUGGUCUGGACUACCUUGGGAACCCGAACCUUGUCCAUGCUCAGAGCAUAUUGGCAGUUCUCGGGUUCCAGGUAGUCCUGAUGGGCCUUGUUGAGGGGUUCCGUAUUAACGGGCUUGAGGGGGUUGGAGAUGGUAACAAUCUGUAUCCAGGUGGGCAAUAUUUUGACCCGUUGGGACUAGCGGAUGACCCGGUGACCUUCGCAGAGUUGAAGGUGAAAGAGAUCAAGAAUGGAAGAUUGGCUAUGUUUUCCAUGUUUGGGUUCUUUGUGCAAGCAAUAGUGACAGGCAAAGGCCCAUUGGAGAACCUUUUGGACCAUUUGGACAACCCUGUGGCUAACAAUGCAUGGGUCUACGCCACAAAGUUUGUGCCUGGCUCUUAGACUUAUUAGCCUUUGCAUUGUUGUUGUAACCUCAAGUUUGUGGUAAAAAUUGUGUAGAUUAUUAUAAGUUAGUUAUAUAUAUUAUGGUGUUUAUUUGGUCAAUUUCAUGAAUUGAAAUAAUAAAAAAUAAAAAGCACUGGUGCGUGGAGCAUUCA